AUGUCACUACUACCACUCUUUUCCGUUUCAGCCCAGCGUCUAUGGUUCCAACUACCAUUCAACGUCCGAAUAGCUGCUCGAACAACAGUCCUUCUCAUUGGAGGAGACCCGAAUGGCAACUCGCCGGUGCUGAUACCCCAAAAUACGGGCGUGGGAUACUCGGUCUACCGCAUGCACAGAUUAAAGAGCUUCUACGGUGAGGAUGCGAACGAGUUCCGGCCUGAAAGGUGGCUUGGUCCAUAG